AUGACGCAGACAGACCCAUGCCCAGGCCAGAGAAUGAAUGCUGAGGAAACAGGCAAAUUAUUCCCGGGGAAAGGAAUCCCACGAAUUGCAAAAGUUGCAUGUAGUGAGUGUGGGCAAGGCUUUAGUGCUAAGUCAAGCCUUAUCACACACCAGAGGACACACACAGGGGAGAAGCCCUAUGUCUGCAGGGACUGUGGGCGAGGCUUUAGUUGGAAAUCAGCCUUCAUCACACACCAGAGGACACACUCAGGGGAGAAGCCUUAUGUCUGCAGGGAGUGUGGGCAAGGCUUUAGUCAGAAGUCAUUCCUCAUUAUACACCAGAGGACACACUCAGGGGAGAAGCCCUAUGUUUGCAGGGAUUGUGGGAGAGGAUUUAGUCAUAAAUCACACCUCAUUAUACACCAGAGGACACACUCAGGGGAGAAGCCGUAUGUAUGCAAGGAGUGUGGGAGAGGAUUUAGUCAGAAGUCAGUCCUCACUGUACACCAGAGGACACACUCAGGGGAGAAGCCCUAUGUCUGCAGGGAGUGUGGGCGAGCCUUCACUCGGAAGUCAUACCUCAUUAUACACCAGAGGACACACUCACAGGAGAAGCCUUAUGUAUGCAGGGAGUGUGGGAGAGGAUUUAGUCAUAACUCAAAUCUCAUUAGACACCAGAGGACACACUCAGGGGAGAAGCCCUAUGUCUGUAGGGAGUGUGGGCGAGGCUUUAGUUGGAAGUCAGUCCUCACUGUACACCAGAGGACACACUCAGGUGACAAACCCUAUGUCUGCAGGGAGUGUGGACGAAGCUUUAGUCAGAAAACAAAUCUCAUUAUACACCAGAGGACACACUCAGGGGAGAAGCCCUAUGUCUGCAGGGAGUGUGGGAGAGGAUUUAGUCAGAAGUCAGCCCUCAUCACACACCAGAGGAUACACUCAGGGGAGAAGCCCUAUGUCUGCAGGCAGUGUGGGAGAGGAUUUAGUCAGAAGUCAGCCCUCAUCACACACCAGAGGACACACUCAGGGGAGAAGCCCUAUGUCUGCAGGGAAUGUGGACAAGGGUUUAUUCAAAAGUCAUUCCUCAGUAUACACCAGAUGACACACUCAGGGGAGAAGCCCUAUGUCUGCAGGGAGUGUGGGAGAGGAUUUAGUCAUAAAUCACACCUCAUUAUACACCAGAGGACACACUCAGGGGAGAAGCCCUAUGUCUGCAGGGAGUGUGGGAGAGGAUUUAGUCAGAAGUCAGCCCUUACUAUACACCAGAGGACACACUCAGGGGAGAAGCCCUAUGUCUGCAGGGAGUGUGGACGGGGGUUUAGCACUAAGUCAAAACUCAUUACACACCAGAGGACACACUCAGGGGAGAAGCCGUAUGUCUGCAGGGAGUGUGGGCGAGGCUUUAGUCACAAGUCAGUCCUCACUGUACACCAGAGGACACACUCAGGGGAGAAGCCCUAUGUCUGCAGGGAGUGUGAGCAAGGCUUUAUUCGGAAGUCAUACCUCAUUAAUCACCAGAGGACACACUCGGGUGAGAAACCCUAUGUUUGCAGGGAGUGUGGGCGAAGCUUUAGUCAGAAAUCAAACCUCAUUACACACCAGAGGACACACUCAGGGGAGAAGCCCUAUGUCUGCAGGGAGUCUCCUCCCCGAAAUAAAACGGAGGCGCAGACCGAAGCCUGCAUGCAUUACGGCUUGCAGGGCAUGCAUUACGGCUUGCAGGGCAUGCCGUAUGGGCAGACAUUGCAGUUGGCAAG